AACAACAUAUGUUAAUUUUGUCAUCAUUUUCGAAAACUAAAUGAAAUCAGUAAAAAGGAAUCUUUUGUCAAAACUUGGGCCUAUAUAACGUCGUUGCCAUCGUGCACCAGGAAAGACAAGAAAAAACAUGAGCUGGAUUUCAUUCGGAAUUUUCUUACUGGGACUGGCCAGUGCUGUUGGUCAAAUUCCAGGUGGAUGGACAGAGACUCAAGUUAUUGACGAAUAUACUAGACAAAUAGUUUUUUCGGUGAAGAAUGAUAUACUACAGACACUCUCGGCAAACGGCAUCCCGGUCCACGAGUUUGUUCCCCUUCUUUCUAGGUCCCGUGCUGCUACUGGAUCCUUUCAUCUUGUCAAGAUAAGAAUAGGAUACGGAAGGUACAUACAUGUCGAGAUCUAUCGCCAUUUCUCCGGCACACCUACACGUCUGGAGGCAAUUCAAGUAGGACACACAAAGACAUCUCCCCUAGAAAGUUUCCGUUCUUGGUAAUGUCAAAUGUUGAAAGGAAGUCUGUUUUGCGCGUGUUAUGAAUAAAUUUUUCUUCUAAACAA